AUAGGUGCCCCGCCAUCACCCCAUCACCCCCUUACCCCCGCUAUCUGAAGACUGAAGUGUGACGCAUCGCCAAUCUACCGGCCUACACUUUCUACUAGAACUUGACUGUCCAUCUCGACAAAGCACUCGUAAACAGGACUCGGUUUCUGCCUAUAUCACUAUCUCAGCAGAGCAGUUUGACAAACACUUCACGAUGAACGGCAGCCGGCAACGACGUACUAUCCCCAACCCCGUUCCAGUCCCGCCCGCUGUCGCAGCCCUUUCUCGAGACUUGGUCCCUGCCAACGCAUGCAUUUUGUCCUUCCCAAAUACUGACCUUGACCCGGGAGAAAACAAAAUCGUUGCCAAGGCUUUGAACAAGAUUCAGUGCCCAGUCCAGUCUAUCAACCUCGAUUCGGACAAUCUUAAGCAAGAGUUGGAAGAUUUCCUGCGCGACGAGGGGGCUCGUAUUAUCUACAUAAACGCACAUGGUUCGGAGUCAAAUGAUCAUCAACUGGUCCUCAGCAGUCAUCGCAAGCACGGCCGGCACACACCUUGGUCCGUGAUCAAGCCUAUCAUCGAGAGCGCACAGUGUGAUGUCCUCGUCUUCAUCGACUCCUGCCAGGCCGGGCUGGUAGAGUUAUCCCCUAAAAACAAGUACGCCAAGGAGUUCAUCACCGCAGCCACAUGGAACGAAAAGACGUACUCCAACCUCGCCCCAGCCUUGGGCAAAGUCCUCAUCGAAUGGCAUAAGAACUCGACGACAAAGUCUGCCCAGAGCCUCCACAAGUAUCUCAGGGACCACAUCAAAGCACAGCGCGACAGGCGGCUCCAAGAUAAAGACGAUGAAAUUAAGAGGCUUCGAGAUAGGAAAGACAAUAUAGAUCAGGAUAUUGAGGAACGUGAACGUUAUUUGUCCGAUAAAAAGAAGCAGAAAGCCAGUCUCGAGGCUGACAUCAAGAAGAAAGUAGAGGAGCGAGACAAGAUUGAGAAGGAAUAUCCACAACCUUCACACAUGAAAGCUUCGUCCAAAACGGAACAUUGGAGAACUAACAACACAAAGAAGCCACAAGAUCGCAAGAGACGGGCCAGUUCAAGAAGGACUGAUAUAUAGAGACGUAAAAAUGGAACUUAUCGAUACGAUGGCUGGCAUGCAGGUUCAACGAAGCGGCAGCGGGCGUAGAGGGUGGUAUACGUGUUCUUGGCUUAGUUGCAAAAUUACAAUGGUUGAUAUUUGAAGCUUUCAAGCCUGGUUCCCUCAAAUCCCUGGUUGAACAAUCUAAUUAACUGGUC